GCCCGCCCGCCCGCCCGCCCGAGGUGAGCACAUGCUUGUACAUCCCGAUCAGCUUGGAGUUCGUUCCGAUUGGUUCGUAGGUCUUGGAUCCAGCCAGCGUGGUCUCCCUCCGGAGUUGCUCGUUCCGAUUGUGCUGGUAGCAGCAACUCUUCUGCUGCAGCCUUCUUCGCCGCCAAAAGGAAACGAUGUUCUACAAAAUCCACUCCCAUGCCCAAAUCCAAGACCUGCAGGCCCGCUCCGAUGAGCUGGGCCACUCCAAUAAGUGCAUGCUUGUGGGUCUUGUCUCUCUGGAGUCGGUGCGCAUAGCGUGCGAGUCGUAUGCACUCCUCCGCCCGCUGCUCAUGGAGUCGUGGAAGUGGGUAUGCCCGGAGCUGGAAAUCCUCUCCGUCGUGGCAGGCUUGUCGGUGGAAAUCCAAAAGCUGGAGCAUGAUGUGUUACCCCAGCUCAUGGUUCAGGAGGCCAAGCUGGAACGGGGCGCCCUGGAAGCCCUCCUACUCAUGAAGAACUCAGCUGUUGCGCUCUUACAUAUGAGGAAGUGCUUUAUGUUAGCCUUGGGCGUAUUGCUUGCCGAGGACGAUCUGGUCUUAGCCCGAGUCAAAAAGCUGAGCAUAAUGCUAAAGGAUACUGCUGAUGCUGUACUCAAAGGUGAUGGUAACAUUGCCUGGCUUGAGGAGCGUGUCCUGUUGCUGGUCCAGCUGGUCACCGAUGUGUUGGAGACCCCGGUUCGUUUCUGUGAUUCUGAUGAGUAUUCUGAUGAGUGCUCUGAUGAGUAUUCUGAUUAGUGCUCUGAUGAGUAGACUUAUCAGCCAGCUCGAGGCUGUUGUGAUGAGUAUUUCUUAGGGGCGUGGCAAACAGUUUAGAAUCAACCCUUUAUGUUUGGAUGUGUUAUUAAUGGAUUUUAAAUGAUAUGUAUCUUGGGUAGUGUUUUCUCA